GCACGACUGGAGUUUACUUCUUAAGUUCGAUAGUCUAACCAGACGCAAAAAGAGUUUAUUUAACUUAAAAAAGAUUGAUACUGUAUGAAAGGGUAAAUUAACAAAUUAAUGAAAAUAAUAUAUAAAUAUAUAUUUAUUCAUUUCAUAUACAUUUAUUAUAACUAAUCGACGAAAUAUUUUACAUUAAACUUUUUACAAUAGUCAAUUUCAGAUGUGCAUAAAUAAAGGUACGCUACAAUACUGUGCUACGGUGUAGCACUACGGCUGCUACAGCGUAGACAGUAAAAACGUAACGAGGUCAUUCAUCGAUAGAUUUCACUCCUCACAUUUUUCUCAUACCUGGCCCCUUAUAUAUGCAAAUCGAUUCUUAAGGAGUAAACUCCAAAAACUAUGUAUAAAUUGCUUAAAAGUUAAAGCAUCACUAUCAAUCACAUUAUUUACACAUUACUGUGAACAAAAAAAAAUUUUUUGCACAAACUGAUUCUACAUGUAUUCUAGUCCAGGCAACGAAUGCUAGAGUGGUGGAGAAAGGGUGUGAAAAGACCGCUGCUGCUUUUUGGAUUUCUGGUGACUGGAUAAUGUCUCUGGUCUCUGGGAAGGGAGGAAAUUUCUCAAACCAAUCGGUGAGCUUGGCAAUGUCAGCUCCAUCCUUGUUUUGGCGGGCUUGUCCGAAAUCUGCAUGCUACUUACUGGUGGAAUCAACAACCCUACGGCCGGCAUUGUUGAAGAGUUAUCCCGGUCAAAUAGAGCAAAAAUGUGAAGCAAUUUUUUUUCCAUAAUUACAGACUUUUAAGAGCGGAUAUCUCGAAAACUAUACAAGAUAUCAAAAAACUUGACUGAAUAAGACUUGUAGCAAAUUUAAUCAGAUUUCACUUCUGUCAAAGUCUCAUGUCGCUAGGAUGCAUAGUUUCCGAGAUAUAUGCGAAAACCCUAAAAAUGGAACCUUCAAUGCCCCCCUUCCCCCCGGCUUAAGGGCUACGGGCUACUUUUGAUAUGUUUACCUCCUAACUAGUCCUAACAAAGUUACGAAGUCAAAAAUUGUGUUCUAAGCAUUUCCCUCUAUACCUUUUCGUUGCCUGAAUUCAUAUAAUGUUAUUUUUUCCUCUGUGUAUAUGAUUUAUUAAAUGCUAAUAUAUAUUAAAAUAUUUGUAGCUAGACAUCCAAACACGGGUAUCUUUCGUACAUCUCGUACCCACAUAAUCACGUUGAAACUUUGCACAGGUCUAUAUAAGUAAGUAUUGACUCUCUACUACAGCUAAUUUCAACGAACACAUUCAAAUGAACGUUUGAAAACAUCAAAUGCUUACAACCAUUAAAGUGAUUAAAAUAUUUUUAACAAUGAGUACCUACAAUAAUACUAAACCAAACUGAGAUGCUUAAUAGAAACUCGGUAAAUUUUACAAACUAGUACUACAAACUUUUUGUUUCGUCACAAAAGCGGUAAAUUUUUUCUUGCCAAUCAAAAUGGACACCAAUUGGACGUUAUACCCACACAUCGGGCUUCGGUCUCCUAACUUGACGAACACUACUGUGAACCUGCAGGGAAACUUUGAAAUCGACCUAGAGGACACCAACUGGAUCUUGACUUCUUCCUUCAUAAUCUUCACCAUGCAGACAGGUUUUGGUAUGCUAGAGUCUGGCUGCGUGUCCAUAAAGAAUGAAGCCAAUAUAAUGAUGAAGAACCUGGCGGAUAUUGCCCUUGGUGGUCUGACCUAUUGGAUCUUCGGUUACGGCAUGUCGUUCGGCGAGAGCAACUACUCGAACCCGUUCAUAGGCAUCGGGAACUUCCUGGUGGACCCGCCGGUCGGCGACGCCCUCAUGGGACCAGUAUUCGCGUCCUUUCUGUUCCAACUCUCAUUCGCUACCACUGCAACCACUAUAGUCAGCGGUGCUAUGGCAGAACGGUGCAACUUCAAGGCGUACUGUAUGUUUUCGUUCCUAAACACAAUCGUGUACUGCGUGCCGGCCGGCUGGGUGUGGGGCUCGCACGGAUUCCUCAACAAAAUGGGCGCCGUCGACAUUGCUGGCUCUGGCCCUGUGCAUCUUAUUGGUGGUUCAUCAGCCUUCGCGUCGGCCCUCAUGCUGGGCCCCAGGUUGGGCCGUUACGCCAAUGGCAACACACCCUUGCCCCUGGGUAACCCCGUGAACGCAGUGAUGGGCACCUUCGUCUUAUGGUGGGGCUGGCUGGCCUUCAACUCUGGCAGUACUUAUGGGGUCAGCGGUGCAAAAUGGCAGUAUGCAGCCAGAGCUGCUGUGAUGACAAUGAUGGGGUCUUUCGGAGGUGGCUGCUUCGGAUUAAUAUUCACUAUGAUCAAGAACAAAGGUAGAGCCGAUGUGAUGGACCUCAUUAACAGCAUCCUCGGGGCUCUGGUCUCCAUCACUGCGGGAUGUUUUCUGUACCGCGCAUGGGAGGCGCUUCUGAUAGGCGCUUUGGGCGCCGCUAUAGUCUCGGGCACCACUCCACUCUUCGACAAGCUACGGGUCGAUGACCCCGUAGGCGCUAGUUCUGUACAUGGUGCCGCCGGAUUCUGGGGAGUUAUAGCGGUAGGUUUAUUCGCUGACAAUCCUAUACCGAUGGAGACCACGAAUGGAAGAUCAGGCCUGUUCAAAGGAGGUGGUUGGUACCUACUGGGUGUGCAAACUCUGACAGGAGUAUGUCUCAUGGCGUGGGGUGCGCUCGUCACUAUGGCACUCCUCUGGGUCAUAGACAAGAUAAUGCCUAUACGUAUGGACCCAUAUGAGGAGCUUUUAGGUGCCGAUUUAACAGAGCAUAGGAUUCGACACGGUCAGGUUGGAGUAUCUCGCGCGGUUUCGGCAUUGCGUCCUUUCCACAGAUCCAACAGUGUGGAGGAAGUGGGCGGAAUUGGAGUUAAUACAGGGCACAGUUUGGUGGUCGACAAGCUACACGAGAUCCAGAAGAACAAAGGCGAGCUGGGCUUGCGAAUGUUCGGCAACGAAGCGUUCGUUCGCGACGAGCCGGCCGAGUGCUCGUUCAAGAACGGAUUCCUCAACAAGCGCCCUGGCAACCCCGAGAACGACCUGCACAGGGCCCUUGACUCAAUGCUCAGGGACAUCGACAGCUCCAACAACAAAAAACCCAAGAAAGGCACAACGAUAAUUCACGUGGUACCAGAAGAUCUGAAAGGUAGAAAAUUCAAAGAGCUCACAGUGACAGAGCUCGAGGAAUUGGGUAACAUUAACGCAAGGGAAGACAGGUUCAGACAUCGGUUCGGCGAACACGAUUACAGAAAGGACGUGAAAGCCGCUAGUGCCAAUUUGAGGUGGAUAGAUUGACUUUAUUACCAUAUUAUAGAAAUGCUACUAAUGUAGUAAAAUGUUGGUGUAAAUUGUUGGUUAAAAAUUAAGUUGUUUUUCGACGAUAAAUUAGAAGUUAAAGUACUGUGUUUCCAUUUUUAUAGAAACGCUACUGUUUUAAAUAAAUAAAAAAGUAGGUAGUGUAGUAGUGAAUGCUUUUAGCGUUAAGUCCGCCUUUUGUCAUUUUUUUUAAUUUUGGCAAUAAAGUUUAAAUAAAUAAAUAACUACCAUUCUACAAUAAAUUAGAAGUAAAGGUAAGUAGUGCAUUCAGUAGUAGUUUAUAGACUAUUAAAAGGUUAUAGGCGAGGUAUUAGAAAGCAAUUAUUCGCCUAUGAGACAGUGUGUAUAGAAUGGAUAUUAAGUAAUUAAUCGUUUAAAUGGUAAAAACUAUUUGUCUUUAGUAGCAAUUAAUAGAUUCAGAUUUUAAUUUGUAGAUUUAGAUUUCGGACUAAAUUAAAGUUUACUUUAUUUAGGAAACUCUAGUAUUUAAGGUAGUUCAGUGUGUUGUUUUGUUAUAUAUAGUAAAGUUAAUUUUGGUUUCUAAAAGUAUUUUAAGCAGUAUUUAUUUACUUACACACAAAGAAUAGGUAAGUAAAUAUGGAUCGAUAUAUUCACUAUUAGAAUAUUAUUUCUAUAAAUAAUAGGACUCCGUAAUUGAACAAUGCACAGAGUCUAAAUAACAAUUACCAAGGUAAGAAUAAGACGAAUAAUAAAAUACGUGUUAACAAACUGAACUUAACUUAUUAUUUCAAAUUGUUGUUUCGCAUACAAUUCACAUAUUCUUAAAUAACACAAUGGCUCAAUAAUACUAUAUCCAGUCUUGAAUAAGGCAUAAACUUAUAUUAUAACAGAAGCAUUUAAUUAAAACACUACCAAAAUAGUAGUUUUCUCAAUCAAAAUUAUUAUUGUACCAAUGACUAAUAUCCGUUGGUAGCGCUUUGAAAUUCUUCACAGCCUCAUUGAUGUCCUCAAUGGGCACUGCUAAUGUGUACAAUUUGUAUUCCUUUUGCACACGACUCGCCGUAGUAUCGGCCGCGUUGUAGAUGGAAUCUGAGUUUUUAACUGGCAACACUAUUUCUAACUCUUGGAGGUGCUCGAACGCUUUUAGAAUCACCGGCCGAGGCACGGUUUGUGUUGAAGAGUUUGCGUUUGAGAAUUUUGUGUAUCUAAAAAGCAGAAGGAGGAAAUUUAUUAAUGAAAAUGUCGCCUAGGAUCAUGUUUAUCUCUAGACUAGCUGUGCCCCGCGGUGUUACCCG